AUUUCUAAUCAAACACGACUCGAGAUAACCGGUAAUAAUAGAUCUAUUGUAUAAAAGUGCCGCUAAGGUACACUCGUACGGCCGGUGAUUUGUUUUUCAUCAAAUUACUAACUGGUGGCUCGUGGGGCACUACCGAAACUGCGAGCGGGAUUCCGUGCGCAUCUUCGGACACGUGUAUGGGGUGUAUCGAGCGAGCCGUCGAAUUGGCGAACAAUUCUAACAUACAGUAGUUUAUCGAGAUGUCCAUUUGAGUGUGAGGUUUAGUGAUAUAACGAUAUUAACAUUAGUAAACGUUAUUGAAAUGGAAAAACGGUUUAUUGAAAUGAAAAAAAAUGAUGGAUUGCUGUUUUGCACCGAGAGUAAUAAUGGUGCUGAUGAACCCAUGGACAUUGUUGAUGAAAGAGUGGCUAUUUUAGACGCAGGGGCACAAUAUGGAAAAGUAAUAGACAGAAAGAUUCGUGAAUUAAGUGUCCACAGUGAAAUUCUGCCACUCGAUACACCUGCAUUUACCCUUCAAGAGAAAGGAUACAAGGCUACUAUAAUCUCUGGCGGUCCCAGUUCAGUAUAUGCCGAAGAUGCACCUAGGUAUGAUGCUGACAUUUUUCGAAUAGGAAUUCCCGUACUAGGUAUUUGUUAUGGGAUGCAGAUGAUGAACAAGGAAUUUGGCGGUACUGUAACCAGAAGAGAAAGUCGAGAGGAUGGCCAAUUUCCAGUUGAAAUUGAUACCAAGUGCCUGUUAUUUAAGGGCUUGGACAAGGAACAAAUGGUACUAUUAACACAUGGAGAUAGCAUAGAUAGGGUAGCUGACUGCUUUCGUACUACUGCCAGAUCAUCAAGCUUUAUAGCGGGUAUAGCGAGCGAUAAAAUGAAUUUAUACGGCGUGCAAUUUCAUCCAGAGGUAGAUCUAACGCCUAACGGAAAAUCGAUGCUACGUAACUUUUUAUUUGGUAUCGCUGGCCUUACGGGUAAUUACACGCUCCGCGAUCGGGAGAUGCAAUGUAUCCAAUAUAUCAGAAAUACUGUAGGCGACAAAAAGGUUUUGUUAUUGGUGAGCGGCGGCGUGGACUCGACGGUGUGCGCAGCUCUGUUACAAAAAGCUUUAAACAAAGAGCAAGUUAUAGCUCUACACAUUAAUAAUGGCUUCAUGCGUAAGGGAGAAACGCAAUUCGUGGAACAAAGUUUAGCCCAACUGUGUGUUACAUUAAGAGUAGUGAAUGCCAGUCGCUACUUCAUGCAGGGCACAACGACUGUUCCGUUGGACAAUGUCGCACCCAUGAAUGCCAAUGUUACGAAUAAUAAAGGAAUAUGCGGUACAGCGAGUAGCCCGAGAACCAGGUUAACUAAGAUGUUAUGCGAAACAACCAAUCCCGAGGAGAAACGGAAGAUUAUAGGAGAUGUUUUCGUAAGAGUCGCGAACGAAGCGAUGACGGAAAUGGGUUUGAAACCGGAAGACGUUUUUCUCGGGCAAGGCACUCUUAGGCCCGAUCUUAUAGAAAGUGCAAGCGCCUUAGUCAGUGGUAAAGCAGAUGCCAUAAAGACACACCAUAACGACAGCGAGCUUGUGCGAGUGCUACGAGCGCAAGGACACGUGGUUGAACCGUUAAAAGACUUUCAUAAAGACGAAGUGCGACAAUUGGGUUGCGAUCUCGGCUUGCCGGCGGCGCUCGUUGCGCGCCAUCCAUUUCCCGGCCCAGGCCUUGCAGUGCGAAUUCUUUGCGCGGACGAACCCUAUAUAGAGAGAGAUUUUUCCGAAACGCAGGUCAUAGUAAAAAUAAUGGCCGAGUACGAACAGAUGCUUCAGAAAAAGCACGCAUUGUUAAAUCGCGUGGAAGGCGCGACGACUGAAGCCGAGCGCCAGCAACUCCGUAGGGUCUCGAGUCAUCGUCACAUUGCGGCGACUCUCUUGCCUAUUCGUAGCGUAGGAGUUCAGGGCGAUCGAAGGAGUUACAACUACGUGGUGGGUUUAUCGUGCGAAGAAACCGUGUCCGAGGGAGUGGAAUGGGAAGAUAUGUUAUUCCUCGCGAAAUUAAUCCCACGCGUGUGUCACAACGUGAAUCGCGUGUGCUACAUUUUCGGGCCGCAACUUCAUCAUCCGAUCCAGGAUAUCACGCCCACGUAUCUCACGUCGAAUGUGAUAGCGACUUUACGACAGGCGGACCACUUAGCUAAUCAAGUGUUAGCUUCGAACGGCUGUAUGGGAGCGAUCAGCCAAAUGCCCGUUAUUCUAAUCCCGAUACAUUUCGACCGCGACACGGCAUGUCGAACGCUAUCCUGUCAACGUUCCGUAGUGCUUAGGCCGUUCUGUACUAAUGAUUUCAUGACUGGCAUACCCGCCAUUCCCGGCAAGGAUUUACCAAUACACGUGGUGAAAAAAAUGGUAACUGAAAUAUCUACGGUGCCCGGAAUCUCACGCGUUUUAUAUGAUCUAACGUCUAAACCACCGGGAACAACCGAAUGGGAGUAG